GCAAAACCUGGAAGACAAAAGUAAUGUUAAAAAAAGGAGUUGGAAGCCGUCUCACAUUUUUUUCUUUGUUUGUUUCAUACGAAACAAAUUGACAAAGAGCUUUAAAAAAUCCAAGGAGUUGAUGAAUGUAUUGAGUGUGAGUUUUUAUGACAGAAGUGAGAAAAAAUGAAUGCUAGAGUUCGUGCCAAGGCUCAAUUUCAGAUACCGAAACCGUCAUCGAUUCAUGAAAAACAGGAGGAAAGGGAUGAAACAGAGAUGGGUGAUGAGAAAGGUGGAAUCAUCAAGAUCAAUAAUAGAAGAAGAUUGAAUAGAGAGAAGAAAAUGGCAUUACUACAAGAUGUUGAUAAGUUGAAGAAGAAGCUAAGGCAUGAGGAGAAUGUUCAAAGAGCUUUGAAGAGAGCUUUCAAUAGACCUUUAGGAGCUUUGCCUCGUCUACCUUCUUAUCUUCCUCCAUCUACACUUGAGCUUCUUGCUGAAGUAGCUGUUCUUGAAGAGGAAAUUGUUUGGCUUUCAAAACGUGUUGUGAAUUUUCGACAACAUCUAUAUGAAGAAGCUAUCUUUGUCAAUGCAGUUGAGAGUAUCUCAAUGAAAAGUUUACAGCACAAUCAAUCUAAAUCUUUAGCUUCAUAUGAGCAUAUCAGUUCACCAACACCGACGACAUUUGGACGACAACCAGGUAAUUCUUAUGCUAGGCUCAUGAAUCCCAAGCAAAGCUCUUGGAAAUCCAAUUCACCUUCAAAGGAGAAUCAGUUUGCUUCUUCUUGUUAUGUGAAAGAUAAAGCUUCUCCAGAGAAGAAAGGCACCAAAAUUGUUAGUUCAUCCAAAAAUACCAAGAAACCAAUCAAUCGUGAAGUUGUAGAGAAGAGCUUAGAUGGUUUGAAGUUCCAAGUUUCAAUUGAUUAUUAUUUUGUACCAUAAUUGCAAGUUAUACUCUAUGUGUGAUCUUGCAAAGUAUGGCUUUCUGUUUAAAUAGUUUUUGAGAAACCUUUAGCUUCCUGUUAAAAGUUAAAAGUAGAUUUUUAGUUUCCCACUUUCAUUCUCGCGAGAGGAAAGAGUUUUGACGUUUGAUCAUCAUGAUAGAGGAAACAUUUAGGAGUAAACAAAAUGGUCCAUUUUUGUAAAUAUUCCAAGUUAAUAUGCAGAGCAAAAUGUCCAAAACUCAAGUUUUAAAAA